CAUCGCAUACUAGACCCCAUAACAAAAAAAAAAAAAGGCGAAACUAAAAUCACCACAACACAAUGCCUCCCAAACGCGCAGCAUCUAGCGCCUCAAAGGCCAAAACCGAGACUGCCUCGAAGGCUGCUGCCGACAAGGUGAAGAAGACCGCAAGCACCAGCGCGAGCGCGAAACCUCAGGCUUCGAGGAAGCGUAAGGCUGCAGACUCUGUGGAGGAGACGACAACGUCAGGGGCUGCCCCGGCGGCGCCGGCGCGGGUGACCAAGAAGCAGAAGGAAGCUCUGGCCGUCAUCAACCACGCGCCUACUCAGCGCCUCGAUGUGUAUGUCUUCGGAACGAAUUGCUAUGGUGAAUUGGGUCUUGGAGAUGCGACGAAAAAGUCUGAGAUCCCUGGUCCGGUCCUGAACCCGAAGCUGCCCGCGGAGUCGGUUGGUGUGGUGCAGUUGGCUAUCGGUGGUGUGCACUCGGCUGCUCUUACGCAUGAUAACAAGAUUCUUACAUGGGGCGUCAAUGAUGAGGGUACGCUGGGUAGGGAUACAAAGGAGGAGCGCAAGGUGGAGGAGAACGGUGAUGGCGUGAAUGGCGAUGAUGCCAAGGAGGAGUCGGACUCGGACUCUGAUGAUGAUGAGGUUGACCUCAAUAUGAAGGAGGCGACCCCUACGGCUGUGGACUCUGCUCUCUUCCCUGAGGGUACUGUCUUCACGCAGAUUACUGCGACGGAUAGUGCCACGUUCGCUCUCACCCAGGAGGGACGAGUCUAUGGUUGGGGUACAUUCAGAGGAAGCAACGGUGUGAUCGGGUUUUCUCCCGAGACGAAGAUUCAACGACAGCCAGUCCUGGUUCCCGGUCUUGAGAAAGUGACACACCUUGCGUCUGGCGCGCAACACGUCCUGGCGCUGACGGCGAAGGGCGCUGUUUUGACCUGGGGUUGUGAGGAACAGAACCAGCUUGGUCGGAGAAUCUCUGGACGUCUGCAUGGCAAGCUCGAGAGUCUCAUCCCGGGACAGUGCGCGCUUCCGUCGGAUGUCGUGAGCAUCGGAACGGGUUCCUACCACUCCUUUGCUGUUCGCAAGAACGGUCGGGUGCACGCUUGGGGUUCUAAUAACUUCGGUCAGACGGCCGUCCCGAUGAGCGCUGGAGAAAGCGAUGCCGUCGUCCUCUACCCGACGGAAGUCAAGUCUUUCCGCAAGCACGGCAAGAUUGUCUCUAUCUGCGGUGGAAAGGACCACAGUGUGGCUGUCACCGAAGACGGAAAGUGCCUUUCCUGGGGACGCGUGGAUAAUAAGGCUCUUGGUAUCCCGCUGGCGGACAUGCCAUCGGAUGAACUCGUGCACGAUGAGCAUGGACGUCCCCGUAUCCUGACGGUUCCAACUCCCCUCACCGAUAUCAAGGAGGAGGUUGUCUUCGCAACCGCCUCCAGUGAUCACUCCUUUGCUAUCACCAAAGACGGUCAGGCGUAUAGCUGGGGUUUCAACGUACAGCGUCAGGCCGGACACCGCGAUGUGGAUGAGGUUGAACGACCAACCCUCCUCCAAAACAAGCACGUCAACGGAAAGAAGCUGGUUGCUGCUGCAGGAGGAGGCCAGUUCAGUAUGCUCGUUGGAGCUUACUCGCCGCAAGUGAACGGAACCGAUGCUUGAUAUUUUCUUUUUGAUGCGAUUUUCUGCAAUAGUUCUGUUACCCAUUUGAAUUGAGCUCUAUGUAUUAUUAUGUGACAG